CCAGUAGUUUCAUUGGUAGAUACUUUAAACUUGAGAACAGUGGUGUUCCUAAUGCUCGCAAUACUCGAUUCACCACUGAGCUUCGUGCUGGAAUGGUAACCUUCAUUACUAUGGCCUAUGUUAUAUCAGUUAAUGCAAUGAUCAUUGCUGAUUCAGGUACUACAGAUUUAUGUGCCAAUGAUCCCGAUUAUUUAACAUGUCAAGCAAUAGUACAGAGAGAUUUAGUUACUGCGACAGCUGCUGUUUCGUGCAUGGCGACCGCUAUUAUGGGGAUCUUUGCAAACUUACCGUUAGCUCUUGCUCCAGGAAUGGGCAUGAAUGCCUACUUCGCUUAUACUGUGGUUGGCUUUCAUGGAUCGGGUAAAAUUGCAUAUGAAACUGCUAUUGCCGCUGUAUUCAUAGAAGGGCUUCUCUUUACCUUUUUUUCAAUAUUUGGUAUUUGUCAAUUGCUUGCAAAGCUUAUCCCCAUGUCUAUAAAAAUUGCAGCUGGUGCUGGUGUCGGUUUUCUUCUUGCCUUUAUUGGAUUACAAAGAAGUACUGGUAUUGCCUUAAUAAGUCAUGAUCCUUCCACAUUAGUGACACUUGGAGGCUGUCCUGAUCAAUAUUAUAAUAAAACUACUGGCAUUUGUACUAGUCACCAUAUGGAAAGUCCGACUACUUGGUUGGGGAUUUUAGGUUUUUUGAUGAUCGUGAUCCUAUUACUUUUCAGAGUAAAGGGAAGCAUGUUUAUAGGAAUUUUUUUCAUCAGUAUUAUAAGUUGGUUUAGAAACAGUGAAGUUACCUAUUUUCCUUACACAGAUGAGGGUGAUGCUCGCUUUAAUUUCUUUAAAAAUGUUGUUGGUUUUCAUACCAUGGAAAAGACUCUAGGUGCGAUGCAUUUUGACCUUGGAAGCUCAGAUGUCUGGAUAGCCAUAAUAACAUUCCUAUAUAUUGAUACACUGGACACGACUGGCGUUCUCUACUCAAUGGCAAAAUUAGGCGGUUUUUUAGACGAAACUGGUGAAUUUGAAGGUUCUAAUGCUGCAUUUAUAUGUAAUGCUUCUUCAAUUUCAAUCAGUGCUAUUUUUGGAUCAUCUUCUGUCGCUACAUAUUUCGAAUCGGGUUCUGGAAUUGCUGAAGGUGGUCGAACUGGAAUUACUUCGCUUACUGUAUCUUUCUUCUUUUUUAUCUCGUUAUUUUUUGCUCCAAUUUUCGUUAGUAUACCUCCAUGGGCUUCUGGUCCUAUCCUAGUAGUUAUUGGUUCUAUGAUGGCGAAAAAUAUUAAAGAUAUUAAUUGGAAAUAUAUUGGUGAUGCUGUGCCUAGUUUCUUAACUUUCAUAAUUAUGCCAUUAACAUAUAAUGUCGCUUAUGGUUUAAUCGCUGGAAUCGUUUCUAAUAGAAAAAGUGGAGAGGGAUUAUUACCUAUUUGGCUUGUGCCUGUUGUAUAUAGGAUUCGUGGGAGGAAAAAUACUGCGGAAAUAAAAAAACCUAUCGAAAUAAAUGAAACGACAGAAAUAAAUAAUGUGAAUCGUGAUGUUGCUGUUGAUGUUGAUAGAAGGAAUGAAUAA